AGGCAUAGCAACCACGUUGACAUGCAGGGUUUCUCUCCAAAUGUAGCAUUUUAACCGCUUUUUGCACUCGAAAAUCAAUUUAUUCAGUAGGUCAAAAUGGCUUUCUUUGGCCUCAGUCAUGCUGGAUACCAAAAUAGCAUCAGGGAGUUCGUAAAGUAUCCAGAAACUGACAAAUAUGAACAAGAUCUUGCUGUGGGCAGAUACACACUUCCUUAUAAACAGUUGCAAAAACUUCCUCCAAUUUGCAAACCAAAGAUCGAUGAAAAUCUCCGUCCAUCCAUCGUGCCGAUUGACCAAGUUUCAGGAUAUGGUGCUGGACCAAAGGGGUCUCACGUAGAAUAUGUACGGAUGCGGCAUAAACAUAUACGAAGUCCACAAGGACCGGUUGAAUUGUACAGAGGGCGAGCCACGACAUCACAGCAGUAUGGAUGGUGGAUGAAGGAGGACCCCAUUCAUGUCAACCGACCGUGGACUCAUGUACCAAGAAAAACACAUCAAAAUAGUGAAAUGACAAGAUUUGUGAAUGAGAUGGCAUUGACGAACCGCGAGUUUACAUUGUUCUAGAUGAAUACAGCUGAAACUUCACGAUGACAGGCUCAUCAAUUGAUAGUGAAAAAGACUUUAAUCGUAUCGUCUUGUUGUGACUGUCCAAAAGGAUCAAAUCUUUAGCCAAAUGAAGGAUAUUGCAAGUCUAUUAAAACACUAUUGUUGCAGCAAUAUGAUGAAGUUGUCUGCUCUAGUGAACUCGGGUUGUUAUCUUUAUUCAAAAAUAUUUAGCAAAUUGCGAUAAAGAGGUGCGCCAAUGUGGUGGUUUCCAUUGCACAGCUGACAGGGCACCUCAUCAAUCAGUCAGUAGAGUAGUCAAGCUUCUAAUGACACUAGUUAUACACUCUGCUUUGGCAAGGAUUAGACCAACAUGUACACGGUCAUUUAGAUUUAUACAUUUCUUCCUUUUCUAAUUCAUGAAUAGGGUUUCGUUAUUUUCAUCAUCGUUUUUCACUUUAUAAUGUACAUCAGGGAUGUGCACCAGUUCAGUUACUAUGCAGUUUGGUAAUGCAGGAGUUAGUACCGUAAUCAAAAUCUCGAGUUUUCAUCUCAUCAUCUGACAAACAUACUCUUAUGCUUUAUCUUGCUCUUCAUAUCAUGUACCACUUGAUGUAUUUAUUAAACUUUCACGAAGAGUCUCGACUAUUAAUCACUAUGAUUCCAAAUUAUAAGUGGUAAAAUAUUUUUAUGGGUCACAUACCCUGGUUUAGUUGUUACAGUCUUGGGCCCAAAUUCAUAAAGGGCGUUUAAGAGUUAGACAUGUACAAGUUCUCUCUAAUCAGUUUCAGGGCCUAUUCAUAUUCUGUGAAGAUUCACAUGAAGGGCCAGAAUCUGUCUAUUCAGUAGUUAAACGCUGUUUUAAGCUAAACACCCUUUAUGAAUUUGGCCCUUGUAGUUUUACCAGAAUUUGCCCUUGGUAACAGAUCUGUUGUCUACAAAUGAAUGUAUAAAUGAUUUCUAACAAUGCAGUCAGAUUGUACAUAUAUAUAUAAUAAUAUAUGACGUUUUCUA